AUGCAGACAGUGCGGCUGCCUCUCCGCGAGUACGUGAAGUACCUCACUGUGCGCGAUCACUGGCUGUCGCAGCGCGAGCACGGCACCCCCUUUUACGGCAACAGCUGGACCCCGUUCCUCACGCACGAGGCCAUGCGCGACCACGUCGGCAGGAUGUCGUUUGUCGAGGACCUCGUCGAGGAGGAUGGCCCUCUGGGAGUCCUAUCGCGCAAACUGACCAAGGUCUUCUUUGGCCCUCCGGCGACGGUCACGCGGCUCCACCACGACACGUACUCGCUGCACGCGUGGCUGUCGCAGGUGCGGGGCCGGAAGCAGUUUGUCCUCUAUCCAAAGUCGCAGGCGCACCUCCUGCAUGCGGGCGAGGGCGAGUGCGCAGGCGAGUGCGCGGGCGAAGGCGCGGGCGCGGGCGAGGGAACCUGUUGCGACGCGGCGCAGAGCUGGUUCGACCCGACCGCUCCCGACUACCGCCGCUUCCCGCGCGCGCGGCGGGCCACCCCACACGUCGCCGUCCUCGAGGAGGGCGACACGCUCUUUUGUCCCGCUGGGUGGUUCCACUAUGCCAUCGCCCUCUCGCCGUCAAUCACGCUGAUGCGGAACUUUUUCAACUCGGCGAACGCGGACAGGUUCGUCGAGGGGUGGAACGCCGCACACUCACUGCAGACGCAGCCCCAGCCCCAGCCCCAGCCGCGCUCCCAAACAGAGACGCAGUCGGUGCCGACCUAUGCAACACCGCCUCGCCCGAGCCCGGCCGCCCUGGAGAAGGGCGGCCACCGGCGGGAGGGCCAGGCCGCGCAUCACCAGCGACGAGGCGCCUGCUCGCGCCAGCAGUGGCGGUACGGGAGGUGCCGCGGUGGAGGAACCAGCCACAACCCUUCGUGUGAGUCGUCUCUCGGUCUGUAGUUGCCACCGGCGCUUUUUCGCCGUCGCCGCACCAUCUCGUUGAGAACCCUCCUGAGAUGACUCGAGUCGACGAAUGCGCGGGGAGCGAGAGGAGCACAGCCUACCCUCAGCUCCAGAGAGUCACCCUUUUAGCAAUCUCGCCGGAGAGUCUCCAUGUCAGAACACACUCCGAUCUGCGAUGUGCGAUCUCCGAGAACUCCGUGUCAAAAUUUCUCUCAAAUUAAAAA